AUUUUUCAUCAGGGAUAAGAAUGCAAGAAUAAAGUAUUCAUUAUCAGUAAUAUAUAAAUUCGAACAGAGAUGACACAUGCAUGACGCAUACGGAGCUGUUGCGUGAAUAUGCUCGGGCUUGGAAUCGCAGUAAAGGACACAGAUACGGAGUAUAUAUACUGAUAUAUACACAAUGCAAAGAUCAGCACGUACAAUGCAGAUGUGCAUAAUGCGCAGCGGCAGAGUACGACGAGCGGUUCAGAGAUUGUCUACUUAAAAAUAAUAUUUUAAUCUAAAUUAGAUCGUGCACGGUGUCAAAUGUAGUGCGAAACAUUAUUUUAGAAUCCUAGUGCCCAUUUAUUCGACGAAUACGUCGCAAUUUCGUUAAUUUGCAGACGUAACGUUAAAAGCUACGCAUGGCAACAGUUUUUACCAAUAACUUAAAAGACAUGAUCAGUGUGAAGGCAAGUGGGCAGGAUGUUCCUGAAAAAUCGGAACACAGUGCAAUCAAAGAUCAUCCAAAUAAUAUUGCAAGAGGAUUUAAUGCCAUUGUGAUUAAAACAUUAGACGAUGAAAUUUACAAGCCGCCAACAACGAAAAAACAUGAAAGGAAGUUAAUUCUUGAUAACAAAACAAAAUGGAUAAUAAUAUUAUUCUUUGGCCUCAUCAUGUUUUAUUUCUUACUUUAUUUUGGUAUUCCACUAUUACUCAUGAUUAUAAAUUCAUUAUAUAUUACUAAGAGUAGUUACAGUGCUGAAGUGGAAUUUAUGAUUGGUAUAAAUAACGAUAGCAUUGAAGAGACGAGGUAUCAGCAUAUAUUUGUGGACACUCAGGAUAUAUACAUUGAAGAGGAAAUGUAUGAUGUCAAAAUAGUGCCUUUAAACCAAGAAAGUAAUUUAUCUGGAGAAACCACUUUUAAUAAUGCACAACAGUGCAGCAACAUUCCUGAAAUAUUACGCUUUGAUUGCCAUCCUGAAGAUGGAGCGUCACAACUUUCCUGUAUGAACAGAGGAUGUUGCUGGAAUCCAAUUGAUCAGAACAGAAAUAAAAAGCAUGUGCCAUUGUAUAUUCCUUAUUGUUAUUAUCCUGAUGGAUGGAAUUUGUAUAAAUAUGUUAACUCCAGUCAGGAUGAUAGUAGUUUCUCAGGCUUUCUCAGUCUAGAGAAGAAAUCUAUAUACAAGAAUAAUGUACCUCUUGUGAAAGUAGAAGCCACAAGCGUGGACACUUCAAUUCUGCGUGUGAAGAUAUAUGAUCCCUCAAAACCACGAUAUGAACCACCAUGGCCAAUUAGACCGGAUCCAAAGCCAUUUUUGUACAAAGUUGCUGAUAAAAAGUAUCGAUUUAAUAGCGAUGUUGUAAAACCAGGCUUUAAGGUUGAUAGAAUCAGUGAUGGUACAACAUUAUUUAAUUCCAUUGGGUUUGGAGGUUUUAUAUUUGCCGAUCAGUUUUUACAAAUAAGUACAAUAUUACCAUCGAGUAACAUUUAUGGCAUUGGCGAGCAUCAAUCGAGCUUAAAAUUAAAUACUAAUUGGCAAAUAUUUACUCUAUUUAAUAAAGAUCAACCACCAACAGAAAACGCAAAUUUAUAUGGAUCUCAUCCAUUUUAUAUUGUUAUGGAGGAGUCUGGAAUGGCUCAUGGAGUUUUAUUUUUAAACAGUAAUGCUAUGGAUGUGAUAUUGCAGCCUACACCAGCUAUAACAUUUAGGACAAUUGGUGGUAUUUUUGAUAUUUAUUUUUUCCUGGGGCCUACUCCAGCUGAAGUAGUGAGACAAUAUUCGGAAAUUGUAGGCAAACCAUUUAUGCCACCUUAUUGGUCGCUUGGUUUCCAUUUAUGCAGGUUUGGAUAUGGAUCAUUGGAAAAUACUAAAGCAGUAUGGAACAGAACUAGAGCAGCUGGAAUUCCAUUUGAUACUCAAUGGAACGAUCUGGAUUAUAUGGACAAAAAUAACGAUUUUACAUACAAUAAAGAGAAAUUCAAAGAUUUGCCUGAAUUUGUGGAAGAAAUUCAUGCGGCAGGAAUGCAUUAUAUUCCUUUAAUAGAUGCCGGCAUAUCUGCUUCCGAAGGUAAUGGUUCUUAUUUACCUUACGAUGAGGGAAUAAAACAAGAUAUAUUCAUAAAAGACGGUAUAUCCAAUAAACCUUUCGUUGGCAAAGUCUGGAAUUUCGUUUCCACGGUAUGGCCUGAUUUCACGAAUCCUAAAACUAUGAUAUACUAUGCAAAUAUGAUGGGCGAUAUGCACAACAAUUUUGCAUAUGAUGGUGCAUGGAUCGAUAUGAACGAACCAUCCAAUUUCUACAAUGGUCAUAAGAACGGCUGUACGCAUAAUAAUCUAGAUUAUCCCGAUUAUCUUCCAAACGUCGUCGGCGAUUUGCUCGCUACGAAGACACUUUGCAUGAAUGCAAAACAUUAUUUGGGUACUCACUAUGACCUUCACAAUACUUAUGGAACAAGCCAGGCAAUUGCUACGAAUUAUGCUCUUAGGAAAAUUAGAUUAAAAAGACCAUUUAUAAUAUCGCGUUCGACAUGGGUGGGACAUGGUCAUUACGCAGGUCAUUGGACAGGUGACAUUUAUUCAUCAUGGCAUGAAUUGAAGAUGAGUAUUCCAGCUAUUUUGUUAUUCAAUUUCUAUCAAAUUCCAAUGGUGGGUGCAGAUAUUUGUGGUUUUGAUGGAAACACAACUGCUGCGUUGUGUAAUCGCUGGAUGCAACUCGGUGCCUUCUAUCCGUUUUCUCGAAAUCAUAAUUCCGAUGAUACAAUUGAGCAAGAUCCAGUUGCUAUGGGCGACUUGGUUGUACAAUCAUCCAAAAAUUCUCUCAGAAUACGUUAUCGAUUUUUACCGUAUUUGUAUACCUUGUUCUUCCAUGCACAUAAAUUUGGAGCAACGGUAGCACGGCCAUUAUUCUUUGAAUUUCCCUAUGACCGGCAAACUUAUGACAUUGGCACACAAUUUCUUUGGGGAAGUGCACUUAUGAUCAUUCCAGUUCUCGAAGAAAAUAAAAUUGAGGUAGCUGCUUACGUACCACGUGGUUUUUGGUACGAUUACUAUACCCUUAAUUCCUUCUUCUCCAUCGGGAAACAUUUUACCUUACCUGCACCGAUUGACAGAGUACCAUUACUGCUUCGUGGAGGCUCGAUACUUCCGACACAAGAACCGGGUGCAACAACGACGGAAAGCAGAAAGAAUGAUUUUGAAUUAGUAGUAGCAUUAGAUGAAAUUGGAAAUGCUGAGGGAGAACUGUAUUGGGACGAUGGUGAUAAUUUAGAUGCUAUAAAAAAGAAAGAAUAUUUAUGGCUGUCUUUCAUCGCAAACCGAACCAAUUUACUAAAUGAAGAAAUAGAGAAAGCCUCUUUUAGUGAAGAAGUAAUUCUCGGAAAAGUACAGAUUUUGGGAUUGCGCCAACAAAUCUCUAGAGUAUUUUUAAAUGAAAACGAAAUAGGAUUUAAAUAUGAUGUUUUUACAUCGAGCCUUGACAUCACUGGCUUGCGAGUGGACAUGAGGCAACCGUUCGUAUUUUCCUGGAUAUUUGGAGAUCCCGAUGAUAACAUUAUUAAUUGAACACGAAUUAUCUAUCGUGGUAUGUAAAUCUCACAAUCUCUAAUAACUAAUGUGAUAUAUGUAAUGUAUGUUAUACAUGUUUUUUAUAUAAAUAUUCUACUUUAAGUUGUUUAGACAUAUAUUUUUUAUUAUUUAGUUAUAUAUAUACAUAACGUGUGAUAUUCUUACUCGAUUAAUAAAACGUGUGAAACUUUAUAA